AGCGGGAAGUUGCUGUUGUGUACAUGUCAACUUCAGAGUAAAACAAAAGAAACAAAAUAUAGUUAAACGAACAUAUAUGUGUAUAUAUUAAUUGAAUAAUACAUAAAAAACAUGUAAAUAGAAGCCUCGCUUGGGCGAAUGUGUGCAAUAUCGUACAACUUACGUGUGAAUAUAAAGGCAUACGUAUGUACGGUCGUGUUUCUGUGAAUGUUCAUGUGUGUGUGUGUGUAUAUGUAUGUACAUACAAUUGUGAACUAUUUUAAACAACUACCUACAGACAUACAUACAUACAUAUGUACUACGUAAAGUGAAGUGAAGUGCAGUGCAGUUCGUCAAAAUGGCACACGAAGAAGAAGAAGAGGUGCGGUCGUUGCUUUUGAGACAUCAGGAGCGUAUAAUGCUCGAUCUCGGCAGCACGGAUAUGCUGGCUGUGCUGGUGAAAAACUCGGUGCUUAGUCAAUCUGAGGAAGAUUUAUUAGUGAAGUCAUAUCCGCCAGAAUCUACCGUUGUUGACACAGUGGCCGCGGAUGCGGAGUCGAACAGUGGAAUAGUAAAUGGCGAUCAAGGGAGCGACAAUCGAUCUCUGACGCCGAGUAAUAGUGGUGGAACGGAAGCGGUGCCCAGCUCGUCGUCGUCGUUACAAUACAAUUCGUUGAACGACGCAGACAUUCUGCGGAUGCAAUGCACCAAUCUAAUCGAGAUCAUAUCGAAAAGCGGAUUCGAGAAGUUCAAACAAUUCUGUUACGCCAUCGAAUGCGAGUGCCCACAGCUGAUUGAGGAUUUAAUUAACGAUCGCCUAAAAAGCGAUUCCACCAUCAUUAACAGUAGCCAAAGCGAUGAAAAGAUUCAAGAGCAAAUUAACACGAUCGAUGACACCAACAAAGAAGAGGAAAACGAUCGGAAUCGUCGUGCGAAAAGCUACGGUGGCGCCUCAUCUCCUCAUUCGGCGACCAUACCGCGUGCAGCACCGCGCCGUCUUCCGCUCAUGAAGGAACCCCCACCACCACCGCCCCCCAAGCCACAUCUGACAUUGAAAGCAUCGUUGCAGUCGUUGGACCCGCAUGCUUCCAAUAUCAUUCCCAGCAAGUUCCCGCACUCAGAGUACAAUCUUAUACACAAGACUGAUUCAAACAGCACUCUGACGGCGGCAGCGCAGUAUCAGACCCAAAACGUUUACGCCAAUACGGGCACUAUCUCUUCCACGAACGGCUACGGAUCGCUCUUGUGCCAUGCCAGCAACACUGGAAGUCCCCUGGCAGUACGCAAGCGCGACAAAUUACUCCAUCGGUUCAGCGAUGCCGCCACCCUCGGACGCAAGCUCAAGAAAAAGAAGAACACGAAUCGCACCUGCCGAUCCAUGACUGAGGCUAUUGAGAUGCUCGCCGAUCCAGUAAUCGAGGAUGAAUUUUUCGGUGAUCGCACUACAUGGGAAUACCAUACAGUUGCAGUGACGCGUGUGCCUGGUUAUGGCUUCGGUAUUGCCGUUUCCGGUGGGCGUGAUAAUCCCCACUUCGCCAAUGGAGAUCCCUCUAUCGCUGUGAGCGAUGUGCUUAAAGGCGGGCCAGCAGAGGAUCGUUUGCAAGUUAACGAUCGCAUUAUCUCCGUCAAUGGGGUGUCUUUGGAAAACGUUGAAUACGCCACCGCUGUGCAGGUGCUGCGCGAUAGUGGGAAUACUGUUACGCUCGUUGUGAAGCGUCGGGUGCCGGUUAAUGCUUCUUCGAAUGCGGUGCCACAACAACACCAGCACUCGAACAGCAUGAGCUCUGUCGGGCUGGCAAACGGCAGUGGCAGCGGUGGACUGUCCAACCAGACAUCGAUUGCUGGUGCCGUACUGCCCGGCGUAAGUCAGCCUAAUUCGCUGAACUCGUCCCUGGUACAGACUGCCAGCCAGUCCGGCCAGCCCAUCAAGGUCACGCUCACGAAGGGCAACAAGAAAGACGACUACGGAGUGGUGCUGGGCUGCCGGCUUUUCGUCAAGGAAAUAUCAGCUAAGGCGCGGGAGCAGUUGAACGCCAAUGGCUACUCCUUGCAGGAGGGAGAUGUCAUAACGCGUAUACACAACACCAAUUGUGGGGAUACAAUGAGCCUCAAAGAGGCCAAGAAGAUCAUUGAUGGGUGCAAGGAGCGCCUCAAUCUGGUCGUAUUGCGCGAUCUAACGAAUCAGGCAAUGGUUAGCCCACUUAACAAUUCGGGCCAACACGCGAACAUUUAUGCGACGCAUCAGCCGCAGGUCUCCAACUGCAGCAAUAAUCUGGACGACGCCUAUUUGCCCGGUGGAGCGAGCUACUCAUCACAGAAUCUCUACGUGCAGCCCCCGACACGCACCUCAAACGCACCAAUCAAUGGACUCACCGACGAGAAGAGUAAUCUGACCCCGCGUGGACGCUCCCGUGGUCCUCUGCUGGAUGGCGUUUCACUGCAACAGCUGGACCAGCCAGUGACGCCAACAAAUGGACGGGCACGUGUCAACGAACCACCGCGCCCGCCACCUCCACGCGGCAGCGGGGGCGGCGGCGUCAACGAAGACUUCUACAGCUCCAGACGGCAGCUAUACGAAGAGGACAACUUGGUCCGUAACCGUCAGUCCGCCGAGCCGCGCUUCAUUUCGUUCCAGAAAGAGGGCAGCGUUGGCAUUCGUCUGACGGGUGGCAAUGAAGCGGGAAUCUUUGUUACCGCCGUGCAACCGGGCUCGCCGGCUUCACUGCAGGGUCUGACACCCGGUGACAAAAUUCUCAAAGUCAACGACAUGGAUAUGCACGGAGUAACCCGCGAGGAGGCCGUACUCUUUCUACUAAGUCUGCAGGAUCGGAUCGACCUCAUCGUCCAGUACUGCAAGGAGGAGUAUGAGGAGGUGGUUACCAACCAACGCGGCGACUCAUUCCACAUCAAGACACACUUCCACUGCGAUAAUCCUUCCAAAGGCGAGAUGGCUUUCAAAGCCGGCGACGUGUUUCGGGUCAUCGACACACUCCAUAAUGGUGUUGUGGGCUCCUGGCAGGUCUUAAAGAUUGGACGUGGUCAUCAGGAAAUGCAACGCGGCGUCAUACCAAACAAGUCACGGGCUGAGGAGCUCGCCACAGCGCAGUUUAAUGCCACUAAGAAAGAAAUGAAUGCAAACGAAUCGCGAGGAAACUUCUUUAGACGUCGACGGUCCACACAUCGCCGCUCGAAGAGCCUCUCUCGGGAGAAUUGGGACGAUGUCGUCUUUUCCGACAGCAUUUCCAAGUUCCCCGCCUACGAACGUGUAGUGCUACGUCAUCCAGGCUUCGUGCGACCCGUUGUGCUCUUCGGACCGGUGUCUGAUCUGGCGCGCGAAAAACUCGCCAAAGACUUUUCCGAUAAAUUCUCGACACCGUUACAGGACGACGACAAAUCGAAUGGAAAGUGCCGCAUCGUGCGACUCUCCAAUAUCCGUGACAUUAUGGAUCGCGGAAAGCACGCCUUGCUGGACAUAACACCCAAUGCCGUAGACAGACUUAACUAUGCACAAUUUUAUCCCGUCGUGAUCUUCCUUAAAACCGAUAGCAAGCACGUAAUCAAGCAGCUACGCCACGGACUACCCAAAGCAGCCCAUAAGAGCUCCAAGAAAUUGCUGGAGCAGUGCACGAAACUGGAGAGACUCUGGUCCCACAUAUUCAGCACACAGAUCGUUUUGGGUAACGAUGAUUCGUGGUAUCGUAAGUUGCGGGAUGCAAUCGAUCUGCAGCAAAGCGGCGCUGUCUGGAUGUCCGAGUCUAAGCCCGUUGAGUCCCUAUCCGACGAUUUCCUAUUCCCCAUGACCACAUCCCGUUUGUCGUAUGCAUCAAGUCCUGAGUCUGACUUGGAACUAAGUCCCGGGCCAUCCGCAUCAUUGUCGCUUGGAAACUUACCGCAAUUGGUUAAAGCGAGCUCAGAUCCAUCAAUUGCAACUAAUCAGGAUAACUUGGAUAGGGAUAGAGACAUAAUUGGUGAAGGACUACCACCUCCAUAUACGGUACCCUAUGACCAUGGAGUGCAGCCGCCCUUGAAUCGCCGACAGGCCAUGGAGUCCAGCAAGUAUAAUCUGUACGGUAGCACUAUAGCCACCCAGCAGCAGCACCAGCCAUCAAGUGAUCCCUCUUCCAUCGCGCCACGCCCUCAACUAUUGUAUGGCACGAACGCCCCCGAUCUGCCACCACGCAUUGAUCGGCAGUCUAAGCCCGGCGAUAUGCCUGCCAACCUGACAGGCUCAUCGCGCCACAGCAGCUCGGGCGGAACUCUGGGUCGUAGCGCCCAGGAGCGUCUCUUCGGCAAGGCUGUUAUACAGGACGACGUGCAGGCCGAGUACAUGUCCCGCAAUGCCCUGGCCGGGGGCGACAGCGUCGAACGCCAGCAACAGCAGCAGCAGCAGCAACAACAGCACGCCUCGCUGGAGCGGCAGGCGCGCUUGAAUGCAGCCAUGGGUAGUCCCGCACAGCACAAAGCAACCAGCGGAACUUCCACCUACGACAGUGUUUCCAGCUACGAUUCGUAUAAUACGGCCCAACUGACGAUGCAAAACCUAGGUCGACUGGGUCCUAAUGCGCCCGAUGAUCUCAAAUCAGUGCCAAGUGCAAGUGCUCGACCAUUGCCGCCUGUGGGUCAGUUACACGAUUAUAGCCGCGUCCCGCACGACCAUCGCAGUUUCCCGGCGGCCAACGACUUGAAUCGCCAAAGCAGCCCAGCCAGACCGCAUUAUCACGAAAUGAACUCGUCGCGUAACAUAGAUCCACACAACGGCACGCCCCAGCGUCCCUCCCAUCUGGGCCUCGAAAGUAGUCCCCGCAAAGCAGUGGUUGAAACGAAAACGGAUUACGGCAAAUACAGUCGCAACAGUUCUGUUCCACAAGCCGAUUACAGCAAGCUGCCACAGAACGCGCUCGCGAACAACAGCCAACUGAACGAGACGAGUGCCACGCCCAGCAGCAAUGGCAGCGGUCCCUUCAAGCCGGUGCCGCCGCCCAAGCCGAAGAACUACCGGCCCCCGGUGCAGAGUGCCAGCAGCGGCAGUGGCGGAGGUACUCCCUGGGAGAAUGGGGAUUCCGGUUCACCACGUUCACCGAACGGCUUCUUUUAUCCACCCACACCAUCCCAUCAUCAUUACACACAGCAGACGCCGAGCUCUCCCCAGCAGGGCCAGGCAGCCAAUGGGCAUAGCACCUAUGGCGGCGGAAAUGGAAACUAUGGCCAAGCGCCACUAUCGCAGCAGCAGUAUACGGCUGCCAAUGGCUACAAUGGCAGCAGCAACAGUCAUCAUUAUAAUGGCGGUAGCGGCACAGGUCCAUAUAUAGCACCACACCGAGGCAUUCCACCCCCGAUUGGUAACUUACCACCCCAAACACCCGAACGUAAUGCCCUCGAUCUGGCCGGCAGUCGAGAGCAGCGGGGCUCGGCAUUCGAAUUGUAUCGUAAACCCCAAGCCGGAGCAGCUGCGGGGCACCAUCACAAUAUGAGCGAUGUGGAGCCAGAACAUUACAAGGAAUACUUUGCCAAGCCGCCGCCUCCUCCAAUGGGUUACAAUAUGCAGCGUUCCCACUCGGCGCCGCGUUACCCCAACGAACGACCCCAGCACCAACACCAACAACAACAACAACACCAAUCCCCACACCAUCCCCAUCCCCAUCCCCAUGAUCCGAACUACUACAGCCACUAUGCUGUGCCACAGCAGUAUUACGACGAUCAUGGCUUGGAGAUGGCGCCACCACUGCCUCCGCAUAAGAAGAAGAAAUCGAUGCUCAAGAGCCCCCUGACUGCGCUGAAGAAUGCGUUGAUUAAGUCCACCCGGCCACUGCGCCGAAUGAACAGUAUGGUCGAGCCGGAGAGGAAGUCGAAGGGGCUGCGGCGUCAGCAGUCGAUGCUCGAACGCAGUCUGCCUCGUCCCUACUAUCCCGACGAAUAUCCCACGUAUCCGGCCCGGUACCCCGAACGUCCAGGAUACGCCCCUGGUGGCGAGAAUUACUAUCCGGGAGGACAGCCAACGCCGUACAUGCACCAUUAUGGCGCGCAAAACAUGAACAGCACGUAUCAGAAUCUAGAGAGCGAGGACAUCUAUGGCAACAUAGACAGCAGGACAACAGGACGCAUGCCAAAUGCCGCACAUAAUGGUUAUAGUAGCUACGAGCAAUACGAUCUUUAUGCGAAUCGGGCAUGCAUCGAUCUUGAGCGGCGCCAGGCAGAGGCGUCAGCAGCAGCGGCGGCUGCCUCCCGAAAUGGACGUGGCAUUGUGCGUCGUCACAGCACCACAACGGCGGAUCGCGGUGGUGGCUCCUAUCGACGACCCAUGCCCACAGCAAGUCCCGGUUACGAUAACGAUGUAAAGCACAUUUAUCAGGGCGGCCAGGAGAAUGGUGCUUUGCUGGAGCAGCGACGUGCUCCGAACUCGGAGGUAAUGGCACGGCGGCGCUUCUAUCCUGGCGCUGCCAAUGAGCAGUGCGAGGAGCCGCUUUACCAGUCCCGGCGGGAAAUGCAGCGUGAGAUGCAACGAAAUCAUCUCUACCAGUCCAAACGCGAAAUGCAAGAGCGAAUUUCUCAGGGCAAGCGCGAUAUGGAACGCGAAUUUAGUCCACAGAGCAGCAGUCAGUCGGAGUACGAUGAUCGAUCGGAGCGUUCGGAAUCGAACUACCUGCCUAAGCGAGACAUAAAGGAGGGCGCACUGAAAACACGCACCCAGCUCAGAGAGCAGAUUUAUCAGACGCGGCGAGAGGCUUUGGAGAGCAUGGCCGAGCCGAUCUAUGUGUCGAAGCGGGAUGUGGGGCGACCGGCACCGAUCUACGAGACGCGAGAAGAGAGCAUUCUGCAGUCGCGCGAGAAUGAGACCGACGAAAAGAAGGAGGGCAAAACUGAGGUGCAGGUAGAGAUCAACGCUCAGCAAGUUUCCGAGGAGGACGAGACAACACUAAGUCGCUCCGAUUUGCAAAAGUCAUCGGAUACUGUAAUUGAAAACACAGCGGUGUCUCCAAACCCAAUGCAACAGGGACGGGCACCGCUCGUGGAGAGCGAAGUGGAUGACGAUGAAGAGUUAGACGAAGCCAAGCUUGACGAGUCCACGGAGAAUGCUACGGCCAUUGAGACUAACAAGCACAACGAGGGUAUGUUGAUGAGCGACACACAAACUAACUCGGACGUGCUUGAAGAGCAGCCUGUGAUCAAUGAACUAACCGAACAACCAGACCCAGUACCGGCCCCAGUCCUCCCACGUGCUUCACGUGCACCCUUCCAUAUUUCGAAUAUAUUGAAGCGGACAGCGCCGCCGCCGACAUCGGCCAUUGGCGAUAGUUCCACCUCGAUUGAGACCCAGUACACAUCGCAAGCGAGCCUUCGCGUAGGUCCUCCGAAUGCGACUAGCACACCGUUUAGCAGCAACAUGUCCUUGCCGAUGGCCGGUCCAGUGCGCACGCCAGGAUCCGCACCGCCCGACUCUGCAGCCAAUGGGCCCUUCCCAGGUGUGCCGCGCGAGCCGAGCACCACACGCGGCAUCUUCGACUCCAAGGGUGGCACGCUCGCCGACAAGGUAUGGCCACAAGUGUGGCUGGAGAUACCGCCGGGCGCCAUUCCCCCUGGAGUGCGCCAGGAGAUCUAUUUUACGGUUAGCGAUCCGCGCCUGGGGCAAGCAGAGGGCGGCCCUCCAUUGGAUAUGGAAAAUGGUGAGACAAUGCUGUCACCCCUCGUUAUGUGCGGUCCUCAGGGCCUAGAGUUUUUGGUGCCUGUAACCCUCAAUAUACCGCAUUGUGCAGGACGGACCGCUUCCCUGGGUCUGGCCCUAAAGGCGACCGACAGCGAGAAGAAUCUGCACACUCAGUGGGACAACAUCGAUCUGCCGAGCAAUGCCGCAGCACACACGGUGUCCGUGAAGGUGGAUCACUUCUAGAGAUACACGCAUAUAUGUAGUUUCAUUUAUUCACACACACAUAGUAAUUUAUAAAGGGCGAUCGCCGAUUGCUGAUCGAUAUAAACAGAAUUGUAUAUAAUUUCAUAUGUAUUUGUUAGCAAAAACUUCAGAGCUACUACCAACGGAAAAGAUUUAAGAAGCCAAAAUUCAGCUUUUUAAUAAAUUGUUUAUAUUUGUUUAAUAGGAA